CAAUCUAGUUCUGACGUAAGGUGCUCUCGACAUUUCCACACGUGCGAAGGCCGAGUACAGAAAAACAGCAAAAUGUUCUCAGCAUCACGAUUAUCGACAAAAACAUUGAAAAAAACAUUCGGCACUCAGCAAGCAAGAAUGAUCACUCAGUUGUGCAGAAAGAUUCUAGCAGGAGAGGUAAAAUCAAGAAAUGGCAUCUAUCUCCUACCAGCUAAAAGAUUCAAGUCAGACAAAGUUAAAGGUCAUGUUAUUGGCAUUGAUUUGGGUACAACAAACUCCUGUGUGGCUAUCAUGGAAGGCAAGACAGGGAAGGUACUAGAGAACUCUGAGGGUGCCAGAACAACACCAUCUGUUGUAGCCUUCACCAAAGAUGGUGAAAGAUUGGUUGGAAUGCCAGCUAAAAGACAAGCAGUUACAAAUGCAGAGAAUACAUUUCAUGCAACAAAACGUCUGAUUGGUAGACGGUUUGAGGACAAAGAAGUAAAAAAAGACAUGGAAACGGUACCUUACAAAAUAAUACGAGCCAACAAUGGAGAUGCAUGGGUAGAAGCACACGGGAAGGCAUAUUCUCCUAGCCAGGUUGGAGCUUUUGUAUUGAUGAAAAUGAAGGAAACUGCAGAGAACUACCUUGGUCAGUCAGUAAAAAAUGCAGUGGUGACGGUGCCUGCAUACUUCAAUGAUUCACAGAGACAAGCUACCAAAGACGCAGGCCAGAUUGCUGGACUGAAUGUAUUGAGAGUAAUCAAUGAACCAACAGCAGCGGCUCUCGCUUAUGGCAUGGACAAAAUUGGAGAUAAAGUUAUAGCAGUGUAUGACUUGGGAGGUGGAACAUUUGAUAUAUCUGUGUUAGAGAUUCAGAAGGGAGUAUUUGAGGUGAAGUCAACAAACGGAGAUACAUUCUUGGGUGGAGAAGAUUUCGACAAUAAAUUAGUCAGCUUUUUAGCGGAUGAAUUCAAACGAGAUCAAGGCAUUGAUGUAAAAAAAGACAACAUGGCAAUGCAGAGAUUGAGGGAAGCGGCAGAAAAAGCAAAGAUUGAACUCUCCUCCUCCUUACAGACCGAUAUUAACUUGCCAUACCUCACAAUGGAUGCCAGUGGACCCAAACACAUGAAUCUUAAACUUACAAGAGCCAAGUUUGAAUCGCUUGUAGCUGAUCUAGUCAAACGUACAGUUGGACCAUGUGAAAAGGCAAUGCAAGAUGCUGAAGUGAAAAAAUCAGAUAUAGGGGAGGUUAUCCUUGUAGGAGGAAUGACUAGAAUGCCUAAGGUACAAGAAACAGUACAGGAAAUGUUUGGAAGAGCUCCUGGUAAAUCUGUCAAUCCUGAUGAAGCCGUUGCUAUGGGAGCAGCUAUUCAGGCUGGAGUUCUAGCAGGAGAUGUUACAGAUGUUUUAUUGUUAGAUGUAACUCCACUGUCCCUCGGCAUUGAGACUCUCGGAGGUGUCAUGUCCAAACUUAUCCAGAGGAACACAACUAUUCCAACCAAAAAAAGCCAGGUGUUCUCUACAGCAGCAGAUGGUCAGACAUCAGUGGAUAUCAAAGUAUAUCAGGGUGAAAGAGAAAUGGCCGCAGAUAACAAACUCCUUGGACAAUUCAAUCUGCUUGGUAUUCCACCAGCACCACGUGGUGUACCACAGAUUGAGGUCGCUUUUGAUAUUGAUGCUAACGGUAUUGUUAAUGUAUCGGCUAGAGAUAAAGGAACCGGAAAGGAACAACAGAUCGUAAUUCAGUCAUCUGGUGGAUUAUCUAAGGAUGACAUUGAGAACAUGGUUAGAAAUGCAGAGGCGCAUGCAGCAGAAGAUGCCAAAAGAAGGGAGAUUGUUGAAGCUGUGAACCAGGCUGAGAGCAACAUUCACCAGACUGAGACCAAGAUGGAAGAGUUCAAAGAUCAACUGCCUAAAGAUGAGGUAGAGAAAUUGAAGACCCAGAUAGCUGAGGUAAGACAGGUUCUGGCUAACAAGGACAGUGAAGAUCCAGAAAACAUUAAGAAGAAGUGUGAUGAGCUACAGAAGUCUUCCCUUGCUCUCUUUGAAAUGGCGUACAAGAAGAUGGCACAGGAACGAGAGGGAUCCAGCGGAAGUAGCGACUCUAGCAGUUCAAGUGACUCUGGUGACCAACAACAGGACCAGGAAAAGAAGGAAGAGAAAAAUUGAACGCACAAUGACUAGACUUAGAUAUUUAAAAGUGUGACUGUGUUUCCUUCAUGGAAAAAAGUAGCACCAGACCAGCAUCUAUAAUAUUGUGUAAUUUUGAAAAUGGACUGGUACACGAUGCGUAGUUUAGCAAUGAGAUGACUGCUACCAUUAUAUUUGUAAUGUAUUUCAAACCAAUUUAUGAACAGUUGUUGUCAUUAAAGCAUUGUUUGCUUGUUUGAUUGUAAGUUAGAACUUCUAUGAUUAUGUAAGUUGCUUAUAUAAGAUAUUUUGGACUUACUACUAUGACUAUGCUAUACACACUAUCAGUAACAUCCAAGAAAUACUGCUUAUUUAAUUGUUAACACUGUGUACUUUUCAUUUGUAUUCAUUUUUCAUCUGUAGAUAGAUAGUCAUUAAAUCAUGCUGUACUUCAAAAUGGGCAUUAUUCAUAUUCAGUAAGUUUGAGGGGUCAGUUUAGUAAUUUUAUGGAAGAAUUUGAAAGUUUGCAUAGGAGACAGAUUCAGCAUUAAAUUGCUGUGCUACUAUUUCAACAUUAAAAUGAGGAGAGUUCACAAAAUGUGUUUGACUGCCAGACAUGCCUGGUAAUUUCCACAAAAAUUGUAAAUUUAACACAAAAUUAAGAAGGAAAUGUUUUUAGGUGUGGUAAAGACUUGACUGUAUUUAACAAAUUCUGAUCCAUUAUCAUUCUUUAAAUUUAAAUAACUAAAUAUGAUUGUAGAGGAUUUACAGGAUGUAAGUAAUGCCCAUAUCUGUUUUUUGGUUUGAGUAAUAACGUUAUUUGUGUGUUUUUUGUCACUAAACUUACUAAUACAGAUUAGUAAUAUAUUUCUUGAACUGUGAACAAAAAAAUAGUAAAACCCAUUCGGUGUAAUUUGAAUAAUAUCUUAAUCAUUGUUUAGGUAACUUGACUUAGAUCAGUUGUGAGCAGUGUGUUGUCAAAUGAUAAAUAAAUCUUUACUCAAGUAA